UGGUCUCGGCCGCAGAAGCGAGAUGACGAAGGGAACGUCAUCGUUGGGAAAGCGUCGCAAUAAGACGCACACAUUGUGCCGCCGCUGUGGCUCUAAGGCCUACCACCUUCAGAAGUCGACCUGUGGCAAAUGUGGCUACCCUGCCAAGUGCAAGAGAAAGUAUAACUGGAGUGCCAAGGCUAAAAGACGAAAUACCACCAGAACUGGUCGAAUGAGGCACCUAAAAAUUGUAUACUGCAGAUUCAGGCAUGGAUUCCGUGAAGGAACAACACCUAAACCCAAGAGGGCAGCUGUUGCAGCAUCCAGUUCAUCUUAAGAAUGUCAACAA